UCUGUUAGUGAGCUUGUCAAAGCUGUAAGCGUGAAGCAUACCGCUCGAUAUAACUUCAAUCAAUUAAUAUCUGCAUAAGGCAAUUCGAAAAAAGAAACAAACAAAUGACAUUACAAGCGAAUCGUUAGUUUCAUUUUUAUCACUUUUUUAAUGCGUUUUAUAAAGUAAUUCCUAUUAUUGAUGAUUUACUUUCAUUGAUAAAUGCAAUUUUUACUUUGGCUUUCAGGAUAUCUCUCUUAGAUCAUCUAGGAUAAGAUUCUGAAUAAAUUUUCACAAUUGAAAAGGCUCACAACUGGGAAAUAUUUAUAUUGAAUUUAAAUAAACAUUAUCUUGUUCAUUCGGGAGAACAACCUUAUUCACACAACAUGUGUAACAGAACAUUAACAUGUAGCAGUAGUUUAAAUAAUCUCUCUCUUGCUUACUCUGGAGAAAAGCCUUAUGCGUGCACUCUGUGUAAUAAAUCUUUUGAAAGAAAAUCUCAUUUAAAUAGACACUAUUUUGUUCAUACUAGUGAGAAGCCUUAUUCAUGCAAUGUGUGUGAUAAAACCUUUUCACAUAAAGAUUAUUUAAAUCGACAUUCUCUUACACAUACUGGAGAAAAACCUUUCAAAUGCAGUGAAUGCAAUAAAACAUUCUCACUGAAUGUGUAUUUAAUGAAACACUCUGCUAUCCAUACUGGAAAAAAGCCUUAUUCGUGCAGUGUGUGUGAUAAAACAUUCACACAGAGCUCUAGUUUAAAUAAACACUAUCUUGUUCAUACUAAAGAAAAGCCUUAUUCAUGUAGUGUAUGUGAUAAAACAUUUUCACAGAAAAGCAGCGCAAAAGAUCAUUUUCUUGUCCAUACUGGAGAGAAACUUUUUAGCUGCAGUGUGUGUAAUAAAUCUUUUCGAAAAAAAUCUAAUUUAACUAGGCACUAUUAUACACAUACUGGAGAAAAGCCUCAUUCAUGCAGUGUAUGCGGUAAAAGAUUUACAAGUAAAAUUCAUUUAAAUGAACAUUAUGUGGCUCACACGGGUGAAAAGCCAUAUUCAUGCACUGUGUGUAAUAAAACAUUCACACAGAAAACUCUUUUAAAUAGACACUCGCUUGUUCAUACAGGUGAGAAGCCUUAUUCAUGCAGUGUGUGCGAUAAAAAAUUUAGACUCAAAACUUAUUUAAAUGAUCAUUUUGUAGUUCAUACUGGAGAAAAGCCUUAUUCAUGCAAUGUGUGUAAUAAAACAUUUUCUCAGAAAACUCAUUUAAAUAGACACUUACUUGUUCAUACUGGUGAAAAACGUUUUUAUUGUGAAGUGUGUGAUAAAUCUUAUGUGAAUAUGUCUAAUUUUAAUAGACACUCUUGUAAUUCUAACAAAAUGGUCAAUUUGUAAAAAAAAAAUCUGGAGAUAAAGAAAAAAGCCUCUAGAAAAUUUAUCUUAAAAAUUAGAAAAAAUUUUUAAGUAACAUAUUAUCAGGGAGCAACAAAUCCCAGGUGCCAGGUCGUCCUGGCAACUAACUUUCCCAACAUACAAAUAUUAUUCUUUUACUACAUACGUUUAAACUAUUCUAAACGGGGGUGAUUCAUUAAGAAAAAAAUUCAUUUGAUCUUAGCUUAAAAAUUUUAUUGAACUAUAGAUAGUAUUUUAAAGCUAAAACUUAAAGACAGUGUUAAUGUAUAUUUCUAAUUUAAUACUUACAUUAAAGGAAACAAUAUUAAUUUACCUACAGUUUUAGUGUAUAUUUAUAGUUUGUUUUAUAAAGUUAUAAGAAUUACAAUUUAAAAUAUUUCCUAAAAUUAUUGCGGAAUUUGAUUUUUUUUUUAACUCCUUCACUGUGAAAAGCUACAGAUGUGACCCAUUUUAUUAAAAAAUGGUCAAGCAUGUCUGUGGAAAAUAGUUUUUUUUUUACUUUGCAGUAAUUGUGAUAAAGUCAUCACAAUAAUUCUAGAAGCUGGUUCCUAAAAUUUUAUUUUUCUCAGUCCCUGUGUAUUGGUGUAAGAAUUAAUAAAGUGAAAAAAUGUAUGCUAAUCAGAUUGGAUCGAAACACUGAUGAAAGAGAACCAUCUGUAAUUAAGUGUCAAUAAAUAACUUUUCAUUUUUA